AUAGAAUAGAGUGCUUUUUCCGGGCCUAGCAAAACGAUAACAUUGCUGAAGUCUGAAAGACGAAAACGAGAACGUGUUAGUCGAAAAGAAAAUAAUUAUUGAAAUCUCUCAGACGUUACAUUAACAAAUGUGAGUUGCAUGCUUGUAGUUUUCUUUAUAUUGUGUUAAAAUAAUCGAAAUAUAUGGUAUAAUUUCGAUUUACGCUUGAGGGUCAAUCAAAGGACCGGCUGAAGCUUGUUAGCUAGGAAGCUAACAGAUAAACUGCGGUUAGCAACUGCGGUCAGCUAGCUAAUCAAUUUAUUGUGAACCGAUGUUGGAAGACCUCAAUAUCAGCGUCUGAAGACUGUUUAUGGCAUGUCCUUUGUUUACUAAACACACAUUAGCCAACUGAGCCCAGCGCUGAUUAGGUGUCCUCUGCACAUUGUAUGAGCAAGAUCAUUCACCAUGGAAACCGAAGCAGAGGUUAUUCCUAUUUGGCAGAACAAGCCUCAUGGGUCGACUCGCAGUGUGGUGAGGAGAAUAGGCUCUAUUGUACCCAUGAAACCACCGCCCAGGGCAUGUUUCCAGGAACUCCCAGGUCUCCCUCCUCUGCGGCCCAUGGAUGGCCCCACGGUGCCUACACUGGCAGACAUUGCCUGGAUCGCAGCCGAUGAGGAGUCUGAGACCUAUGCCAGAGUGCGGAGCGAUUCACGCCCUCUUAGACAUGAGUGGCGACCCACGCCUCUCCUGGUUAUGCACAGGAACUCCUCUGUGCCCAACUUCCGCCGCGACGUCAAGAAGGUGGAGACGCUGAGGAAGCCUGCGGUGACGGCCAUGAACCGUACCACCUCCCUGCAGGAUGAGCUGAGCAGACUCCGCUCCCAGAUCGCCAAGAUCGUAGCCACAGAAUCUGGCUCCAACCCCUUGACCCCCGACCUCCUGUCCCCCGACGACACCAGCAUGAGCUUUUCCAUGGCGCCCUUCGAGACGGCGCCCUACCAGCCCGCCGCCUCAGCCUCCUUCGUCAUCAGUGACGUGACGGAAGAGGAAGAGGAGGAGGAAGAUGAGGAGGAGGAUGUGGUGUCUGUGGUUUCGGAGCUUAUGCCGGACCCCAUGCCGCCCGCAAACAUGUCUGCCUCUAUGACGGCCUCUGCAACCUUUGACCUGGACCAUCCCAGCAUGGACUUCCGGGAGGCGGAGGAGGACACAGUGUCGCUGUCCAAGUCCACCAGCUUUGCUGACGUCAUGGACAUCCUGAAGGACAUGAACCGCAUGAAGAUGAGCAAGGACAGGUGCAACAGAGGCUGCACCUCCCUGAUGGGCGAGUCGGACUCCGCCUCGCUGAUCUCCGAGGCCUUGAGGAAGAAGUUUACCCUGAAGGAUGAAGACAUCAGGGGGAUGAAGAAACACACCUAGAGCACCCGUAGUCCUCCACCUCCCCACGCCUGUGCCUGACGACCCAGUCCCGUGGAGACCCGGCUGCACCUCAUCAACCGUGGCAACGGUUAAACCAGACGUCUGGAAAAACAAACCACCACCUCCCAGCAGGCCCAGUCAGUCUGAACCCAACCAAAUCUAAUCCAUACCCUAGCUAUUAAAAAUAUUGCCUAGUCAGACCAUGGUAGCAGCUGGCUGAUAGGCACUAUUAGAUGGGUGCUGUUUGACGUAGCACAGAGAAUUUUUGACCAACCUUGUCGAUUCUUCCUCAAUUCCAGACUUGGAAGACAACUAAUGUCUUCUAAAAGUCGAUGUCUAGUUUCAGGGGGUUUGAAUUUAGAAAAAUCUAUUUAGUCUGCCACCCAUUAAUAAUGAUUAAAAAGAAAAGUCAAAAGGUUUGACAGCCGUACCAUAUAAAAUGCAAGUCAGUUGGGAACCGGUUUUUGAUGUCCCAAUACCUUGGCAUCGAGUCUAUGAACUGACAUAUAAAACAAUUAUUGACAUUCAUUUUAAUUUAAGCUAUUAUAAAAUACUUACUACAAAAAGAAUGCUCAAUAUAUAUGGGCCAUUGGACAGUCAGCCUUGUGCAACCUCUGCCACGAGGAAAUAGAAUCAAUAGAACAGUCAGCCUUGUGCAACCUCUGCCACGAGGAAACAGAAUACUGUUCAUCGGUGGCUCGCUUUGGAGUCAGGUCCAGGAAUGGUUAUGUCAUAUCAGGGUUCAGAUGGACAUGCCGACUAUUGUCAUGGCAUCGGAAACAACCACGAUCAGUCAAUGGGGAAACAUCAUUGUAGUCUUGGGUAAAGUAUUUAUUUGCAGGGCAAUAUCGGUAGAAAUGUUACAAAUAGGGAGGUUCAGGAGCCUCGUAAGACAUCACAGUAAAAUGGAGGGAUGUAUUGCAGAGGGAAAUUGUUAAAUGGCGUUAUACUGUGAAAGAUGGGUUAAUCUGUGGACACCGGAGGGUUGGCGUAAUACUGGGAAAGAUGGGUUAAUCUGUGGACAUGGGAAGGUUGGCGUUAAGAUCGGGAAGAAAAUGUGAAUUGGCUGCUGUGGGUGAAAAUCCAUCACUUGAAGAAAGAGUAAAUUAGAAAUAUAAAUGUAUAGUUAUUUAAUGACAGGUACUGUAGAUGUGAGUGAAACAGCUGUAAAUAGCAGAAGUAUUGUAGUGUGUUUAUUCCAAUCAGAGUAGGGAAAUGAACAAAUAAGGAGAUUGGAAAUGAUGCAGACAAUUUCAUGGAUAGAACCUACAUUCUAUCUGCAAUAUUAAAGCUGAUCUACCUGCCCCCCCCACAACAAAAAAUGGAAUUAAUGUUUUGCUCCAUGAGGUAAUCCAACAAUGUGUACACCGCCAUCGUGCUCAUCUUCUCUCAUUGAUUAAGUCAGGUGGGUGUCCACCCUGUAGUGCCACAUGUCAUGAUGAAACUCACUUGACUUUGAAAUAGUCAAGAUGGUGGCGUACAGAUUGCUGGAUUACUUCACAGAUCAAAAAAUGUAUAACAGCAUAUUCUAAAUUCAAACGAACUCCCUGCAACUAGAUAUGGAUGUUUUAGAAUACAUUUGGUCUUCCAAGUCAGGAUUGGAGGAAGUCUCGCCAAGUAAACGUUGGUUAAAUUCUAUGUGCUAUGCCAAACCGUACCUAACCUGUAACGGCUGAUGGAGCAUCACAUUAGCCAUUACAAUAUGCUAGCUAAACCACACCACUCCUGUUAUUCAAUCAACAAUCUGUUUACACUCACUGUCUGCUCCCACACACCUCCCAAAAAGGUAGAUUCCUUAUCCCAUUGCUUCAGGAGCAACGUCAUGGCAACGUCAUUUUGUGGGCGCUGUAUAACAUGCCCUACAGAUUCACCUGCUUUGAUGGCUCUUGCUAAUCACCAGACUGACUCCAGUGCUGCCUAGUCAUCUUUUUAUGUACAGGCUGGGGUUUCUCUAGGAUAUCGUACCUGUUCUAGUACCACGAGAGAAACCAUUUCCCCCUUUUUUUGUUGUUGACAAGCUUAGACUUUCAACAGAAGAGUUGUGGAUGGAUGCAUUUGUUGGAGUGGGAUAGUUGUAAUUUUUUCUCAUUUUGUUUCUGUAUAGUUGUGAUAAUACAUACUUGAAGUUGUAUGUACAAAUAAGACUGAGGAGAGUAACAGAUUACUACAAAACACUUAAUACUCUGUUCAUUUACAGCUAAAAAUCUCAUGUUUUUCAGUGUUAUGGCUGCAUUAGAAAUACAAUAAUGACCUUGUGGUCAUAGUCAAUGUGUACAACAGGUUUAUUUAUUUGCAGUCUUCUUCAGGACCUACUCAUUAACCCAUUGCAUCAAUACGAGAACAUGUUAUUGCUGUCCUUGGGGUAAUGACUCUCAGAAUUUAGCUUGAUUGAUGGCCCUUUGGUAAACAUGAUACAGAUAAAUAAAUCCCAAUUAAAAUCAGUGGACGGCCAUGGCUAAAUAUGAAUGAUAUGUGUUUGAUGUGUCGUCUUCGGACUUGUGUGAUACAAGGAAAGCUUGGAAGACUUAUAAAUCUACGGUAAAAUGUGAAUGAAAGUUUUCUCUUGUGUGAUGUUGCGCUAUAGCUGCCUGUUAAGACACCAGAGAACAACUGUACAGUUUUUUUUAUGUAGAUACAAAAUGUCAGAUUUCCCUAUGGUGUAGAAUGCGUGGCUCUUGGGAAUGUGACAAUGUGCAUGUUUACUGUCACGAUACACUAAAAGAUAUGAGUAUGAGUGACUCUUGUGUCUUUUUGAAAAUGAUCUCCUGUUGACGCCUUAUAACAAAACCUAUUGCCUCUUCCAAUAUGGCAGUUGUUCUUUUUAUUUAUUGGUUGGUGUGCCGUAACUUUCCACUGUUUUUGUCUUUUUCCUCAGUUUGCCCCACCUCUUGAGCCCCUAAACUUUUACGCAACCACCCAUAGGCACAUUGUAUCUGUCCCAUUAUGGCGUCUGUGAGAGCACAGGCAGCGCCAUUGAGGCCAUCUCCAUUUUGAAGUAGUCAAUUUUGUCAUUCUCCUUCUAUGAGUUGGCAAACAAACUGAAAGGGUGCACACUGCCACCUAGAGUGUGUUUGAACAGGUAUAAAGAUGAGGUUUGGCUAUUUACUGCCACCUGCAGUUAUGGAAUGUUUGCUCACAAGUAUAAUUCAUUGGCUGAUCCCUCCUGGUGACCUGGAUUUAAUUAUGUGAUCCUUCCUUAAGCCAUAGGAAUCCCCACCCAGAUUACUACUUUAAAAUGCUGGGAGCCCUCAAUGGCAAUGUCCAUGAAAAAAUAGGUUUUCUACAUCUAGAGACCUCUCAUUCUCUUUGUCAACAACCACACUUUUGACAUUUGCAUACAUCAGGUGACUGACUUGACUGCUUUGGGAGCCAGUCAUUUCUUCUCCUUUAUCAUGAAACCCCUGCCCCUUCACAGAAGAAAUGCUUCUCCACUCAUUUUGAGUUCUUAUCAUAUCAGGAUAAGAUAAUUAUAUUACUCUACUCUUUGUUGAGAUGUGUGAAUACCAACUUGCAUCUAGGCAGUGGAACUGUAGUUUAGUUUGCAGUGAAAGCGAGGUCCCACAAAGUUAUCUAUGGGGUGAGAUAAGGACGCCCAUCUGUGUGUUAAGGUCUGUAUCUCGUCAUUUUUUUUUUUCUUCAGUGUCUGGCUCCUCUUAGGUCUUUUAACAAAUAUUCCCAUUUUAAGUGCAAAAUUGAGAGAAUCAAAAGCUUUGAGCUGAGCAUUUCACAAAGUAUGCUUCAGAUUUCUUUUAUUUUUUAAGGUUUGGCAUUACUCAUGUGGUCAAGAGUCUGUCUUUACAGGCGUUUUGUGAACCCCAUAGGGAACGGAACCAGAGCAGUUAUUACUAUUCUUGGUGCACCGGUGUUCCUAUUGAUAGAAAGGGAUCUUUACUGAGCAUUUCAAUCACCAGCUUUGUUUUUAUUCUGCUUUGCGCCAUUUUUGUUUUGGAUAACUAUUGACCAUGCCACAUAAUGGUCUCUGAUAAUAUGCCCGCCAUACUUGUCAGUUUUAUUCUGCCAAAUGGAAGAAAGAGCUCUUUGUCUGUCUUGUUUUGAAACGUAAAUAAAGAUGGGCUGAUGUUUUAAA